AUGAUUGGUCUCCAAAACGCCAAGGUCAACGUCGCCAUCGUCGUCAUCACGUGGAGACUACGCUUCACCUCACCAAACCUCGAGCCGAGACAGGGGCCAGGGGCCUCGGAGAUUAACGUGCCAAAGGACGAGGCAGAGAUUGCCAAAGACGACGAGACCGACUCCUUCUGGAAGACGCCCAUUUACCUGCGCCUGGCCGGACUGACAUGA